AUGGGUGUGCCGGUGUGUGUCACAUUUCUAAACAAAAUAAGACACCCCCCCUCCCACCCACCUCCUCUAGAAACGGGCUUUUGGCUUGGGAAUAUGCAGGGCAGAUCAUUUGGAAGAAUCUUAAGUUGUUCGGUUGUUGUAGGUUUUGAGAACAUUCUCUAAUUUCGUACUAGAAAAAUCUACCUGGAAUAAUAAUAAUAAUACAGUGCAGGAGUAUAUUCCGAACUUCAAGAACACCGUGAACUAUUCUCUACGCCGCAGAUUAACUGAUUUAACCUUUGCCUACGAGCUGAUAAGGCGCAGUUGAAAUAUUGUCUCUGAUUAAAAAGGAUUCAACGUCGUACUGUGUUCAAUUUGACGCGAAACGUUUUGUGAUUCAUGAAGGGAAGCUUAUAUCUUUUUGUUAUACUUAUAUUCGAGAGUUGGGUGUCAAUAUUCAAUUUAUGUGACGCUCCACGAAAAAUGUAAAGUCACUUUCAUCACGUUACACACAAACAAACAUACAAAAAAACGUUGCGUUCUUUUGCUGCGGAAGAUGUAAGGCGUAGCGUGACUUUACUUCAAUCUUUAAAACGAUUACACAUUUUUUCCGUAGGAGCUUAGCCUGUCACCUGUCAGAAUCUUUUGAAAUGGAACAGUUGAAAUUUGUAUUUAUGGAGUCAGUUUUCGAAAAUAAGGAUACCGCUAACAGCCUACAUCUGCAGCGGAUUGGUCUACGAGUGGAUACCAAAUUAUGAUACAACGGGAAACCAUAUGAUACCAGGGGAUACUUCAGGAUUCAAGACGAGCCCUGUAAAGAUGAAGCUAGGUCGGCGACCUUUCACCUGUUUCCUGCCGCGCAGACUCCGUUCCUGUCAAUGCGUUGUCUUGGGAGUGGCUGCAAUCAACGUCAUCAUCUUUGUGACAGUUUUCCAGGGGACAGCACCCAGGAGGGCAGCAGGGGAUGGCUCCGCACAGAUUAGAGGUCUGCUGGACGCUGGUGAUUACGCAGUCUCAUCCAGGUUGACAGCGGGACAAACAAAAUACAGAAACCGGCUGAUCGUAGACAACGCGGCUGAGCGGCGUUUCACUGGAGAGAUCAGCGAGAAAACGUUAUGUGGAUAUCGCACCACUUCCUAUAUCUUCAACAUUCCUAUCACUCUGAACCAAGAUCCAUUUGAAGAGUAUGCCAAAAGCAUGCAAUGUUUAGCUGACGACAACGCCGCUCUUUUUUCUGGAAUGUUCGCUGCUUUCCGAAACGCCGUCAUUGAUCCCUCCCUUGGGACCAGCAAACGGAAAGGGGGCGAGCUGAUGGACGAGGUGUGGGAUCAGAAAGAGUCCGACGAAUACUUCCAUCUAUCGUCAGGAUAUUUUAAAAUUCCGUGUAGACGUAAACCGAAAAUGUAUUUCAAAAAUAAGGACCACCUAGUGCAGUGGGCCAAUAGUUUGGAAUGUUAUUUCGACAACCCUCCAACAGACAUCACCAUCAGAGACUUCACGUUAGCCAUUCAGCGUUACGAGUACGUCAACUUGUACCACACAAUGACUGAUUUCUACAACGCCUUCGUCCUCAUGCUGCUUUUCGGGGUCCGUCCGUCCAAGAUGAAUAUUCUGUUUGUGGAUACUCAUCCGAAAGGACAUCUGGAUACUGUGUGGAGUACACUUUUCGGGAAGAUAAUUAGGGCGGGUCAUCUCAACAAACCCGUUCUGUUUCAUAGUUUAGGCUGGGGCAUGCUGGGAUACUUCAGUCCUUUAAACGAGCACAGCCGAAAAGCAGUGCCAUACCUCGAAGAAUUCCGAGAGUUUUUUCUAACGCAACACAACGUCUCCACAUCUCACCAACUGGACUGCAAGAAAGUCAACGUAUUGUUCAUUUGGCGCCGCGACUAUGUGGCCCACCCUCGUAAUAAACAAGGCAGCGUCGUCCGGAAGUUUGCCAACGAGGAAGAGAUGCUUGAGCAGACGCAGAAGACUCUGGGAGGAACAGCCAACGUCCAGGGCUUCCAGCUUGACCUGAUGUCCAUGAAGGACCAGCUGGAGGUGGUCUCCAAGUGUGACAUCUUGGUGGGCAUGCAUGGGGCUGGUUUGUCCCAUACAUUAUUCCUCCCACCCACGAGUGGAGUUCUAGAGCUGAAGCCUCAGUAUUCUCCAUCCUCGCUUCUUCAUUUCGAGGCCAUGGCGCGAUGGAGACAGCUGCCAUUCUCCCUCUGGCACAACACGGAGAGUUCAAACGAACAGAAAGAGCACAGGACCUAUAUUCCACCCCUAGAUCUGGACGAAGAAGUCAAAAAAAUAUAUUCAAAAAUAUGCGGAACGGGAUAGCGCAUCUGAGAAUACAGAGCAGUACU